AUGGGGACAAUAGGGAAUGAUAGUCAAGUGGGGGAACAUCAGAUGAUGUCGGGAUGUUCAGUUUGGCCUGCAAGCAUCAAAGCAAAAGCUGAAUAUCGUACAGCCUUUUUUGGGGAGGACAUUCAUAUUCCUGUACCAGCGCUGCAAACUACAGAGGUAGUGUUUAAACCAAGGGUGGAACCACUCUCGGAGGUCCUUUUGUUCCAGAACCAGCAUCCACUGAACUCUAGAGUCAAACUUAUUGUUCAAAUAAGUAACUUGGUUCUUGAAGAUGUUGGUGAAGAAGAUGAGGGGACAUACAUAGUAAGGGACACAGCGGCUCCAUCUAAUGUUAAACACAUCAUUCUAAUAGUAAGAGACUGUGCCACAGAGACAACUGUAAAGUAUGGUGAAACAUAUCACAUUCCUUUGAAUGAUAUUACUGGUCCAUACAUUCUGGAGUUCAGACCCAGUGCGCCUCAUGCCAACCAAACAGCAGAACCACCUGCUCAUAUUCUACUGAACCAGAGCACCAUCCCUGUAGAAGAGUAUAUGAACCGUCUAAAUGCAAAUGAGAAGCGGGUCACCCUUCAUUCGGUCACUGGGGCUGAUGAAGGUAGCUACACUGUAUUGGACAGUGAUGGAAAAGUUCGUAAGAGGACAUGCUUAAAUGUAAAAGAGCAUCAGAACUUUAUGUACUUGAAGUAUGAUGGCACUUUAAAGAUCAACCUCUACAUAAACCACUCCAAGGUCCAUAUGAUCUACAUUCCAGACUCUGACCACAAGCACCAAGUUAUUCUUGAUCAAGGGCAGCUGGUGGAGCCUUUGGACCAAAUUCUAGAGGGCAGAGCAUUUACUGAGGGCUCUGUGUUCUAUCUGAAAAAGGUCAAAGUUAGUGACGCUGGUGUUUUUAAAUUGACUGACUUGACAGGAUUCCGCAUAGCUGAUGUCUACGUAAAUGUGGAACCCUACAAGCUUCCUCAGCUCUAUGUGGUGAUCCUGUCUUUGGUGGGUUUACUGGCUUUCCUGCUUUUGGUGUGUCUGAUAUCAUGUCAGGUCAAGAUUCGCCGUCGGGCUGAGAAAUCACGAAAGAUUGCUUUUAUUGCUCAGCAGGCUGGCAAGGGCGAUGGAAAGACUUUCAGACAGGUGGUUCAUGAGGCUUAUACAAGGUUCACAGAAGAUUCCACUUUGCAGACCACCUAUGAAAAUAACACUGAGACCACAGAAGUUGAGAUCAAGGGACUGGAAGUAUCCAAAUCAGGACAAUAUCCAAACUUCCCCUCAGAAACAAAUUUUUUGGAAAAUGACUCUGGGGUAGAGUUCAACACUUCCACAUUCCCACUAGACAGUGACACUGAUCAGUCAUUUGCUUUGCACAAGCCUCUCAUUGACAGUCUUGCUGCCAUACCUCCAACUAUUUCUGAGGGUAACCAGGGUGCCAGUUUCACUUCUGAUUCUGUGCUUAGUGCCAGCCAACCUUCUGAGCUCAACAACACUGCGCAAGAAACUGACUUCAUGGGCACCACCAUUCCUGACAUACACCCUAAAGUCCAAAGUUUAGAUGACAUGGUAUCUUCAGGCCCUGCAAGCGGUUCCAUCAAGGAUCAGGGUGGGGGUGCAGAUGUUGUUGCAAACUGAGAGUCUCUUGAGAGACAAAGUCUUAAACGGUGGUUUUAACUUUUACUAACAAUCAUAAGCUUGACGAUUUUAGUUCUUUUAAAUGUAUGUUAUAGUAUCAGAGAGCAAAAGCAUGCAAUAAAGCAACUUGUUUAACUAAC